GUAUUGGCGCCAGGCUUGUUUGGCAGUGUGCGACUAGACGGGCCUGCGAUGAGACCAGACGUGAGUCCUGACAAGCUGCUGCGGUACUACCAGCAAGGGGACUGGCAGCGAGUGGUCGGCUUGUUGUCGGGGGACGACGGAGAAGGCGACAGCUUCUACGACGAGUCGUACCUGUGGGUGAAGCCCACACUGCAGGCGCUCAUGUUCGUGAAGGAGCAGACCGAGAGUUCUGGCGCUAGCAGGCUGAUCAGCAUCGGCAGUGGCACAUGUCUGCUGGAGUGGCUUAUACACUCUGCCACCGGCCUGGAAGUGCUGUGCCUGGAGGUGAACAAGGCGUGGUGGACAAGUGGCUACGCAGUGCAGACAUUCCUCCCUCACCAGUACGCCGACGAGCUGGACGCUGGACAACUGUGCGACAAACACUCCGCGCUUCUGUUCUGCUACUUCAACGACGGGCGGGCCUUCCAGCAGUACGUGACGGCACACCGGGGCCGGUGCUUGCUGGUGAUUGGUCCGGGAGAGGGAAGAGGAACCCACACGUGUCCCGAGCCCUUCGACCCACCGCUCGACAGGGACGAGUGGACCAUGGUCGCAUCGCAAGAACUGGGAAACACCAAGGACUUUGUAGCCGUUUACACUCGGUGAAGUCACUCUGCGGAUCUGGCUUCAGUUGCAAGUGGUCUUAAGAAAACAUGAGAGGGAACAAGGGAACUACGCAUCAUCCAUACUUCCACAAGUUACAAGAACCAACCAAAUAAAUUACAGUGCUAUAGGAGUGGUGAUCAUAUAUGUUAACUAAAAAAAUAACUCUGGUAUGCAACAGGGUAUGGAUGGUAGCUAACGCUGUGCCUAGCAUCUAAUGCAAUAUGAUAGGAGAGCAUAUAAAACCCAUUAAAGCACAAUUUAAAGUUUGUUCUUCCAGUUAAUUCAGACAAAGCACAUUCACAAAUAUCAUGCCUUUAUUAAUAAUCAUGGUUACUUAAACAAAAGAGGGUUUGGAGUCGUACCAAUAAAAUAAAUGUAUAAAGGGAUUAAACACCCAAUUUUAGUUUAAAAAUGCUUGACAAGAAACUGACAGAAACUUUAUUUACAAUGCAACAACUAAGUUACUCAAGAAAUACCUUCACAUACAGACAUUACACAAAUUUCUAUACAAAAAUAUAAACACACAGUUCAAUAAUUAAUUAUGAAUAUUUCACUUCAAAAUACAGCACUUCUCAAAUUAAUUUUAAUUUUUGUGAAGCUGUGAUACAGCAAGUCAUACACCAUUGAAAUAAAAACAAAAAAAUAUGCACACAAUUAAAAAGUCUUCAUGCAUAUUACUCAAAAAAUUAUAAAAAUAUUUGGAAAAAAAAA